AUGGCUGGUCAUUCUGAAGACGACGACGGGCCCGCGGCGUGGAUGGUGGUGCUCAGCCUUAUGUUUGGGAUCGCCAUGUGCUGCAUCUGUCUGGUGUGCCUAUUCUUCCUCAUCAGCAAAAAUAACGGCCUGGACGAGCUCAGGGCUACGGCCGAGAACUCCCUCAGGCAGUGCCAAAGCUGCUGCAGUAACUGCAUGAAGUCGUCGUCCCGUGCGCCGAGGGUGCGACAGAAGGAGCUCGACGGCCACGAGUGGAUAUUCAAGCCGCAGGAUGGUCGGUCUAUCGUCACCCUAUCAGCGCCCGAAUUCGACGCAGCAGAAACAGGCGAGACGCUGGAGCCGGGCGAGAAGUUCGAGGUUAGCGCAGAAGAAGGGCCACCGAUGGUCGAACAGCCUGUUCCCGUUGAAGGAGGCGUUGAGAUCGAGGAGCUCGCUGGAGGCGAGGGCCAGUGCACGUUCCUGUGCCUCGCCGACGGCAGGGGUUGGGUGUUGGACCGGGAACCUGGCCUAGAGCUGUGCUACAAGCUUUUCGAGCCGGUGGACGAGCUCUGGCUCUACGAUCCCGAGAACGGGAGGCCCAUGGCCAUCCGAGACAGUGCUUUCAUCGAUGGGGAGCAAACGGGUCAGACGUUGGAGCCAGGCGAAAAAUUCUCCGUGAGUGAGAUACAGGCCUCUGAAGACACCGGCACCAUCCUCUUCUUGAAGCUCAAGGACGGGCGGGGGUGGGUGUUCGACCAGAAAGAUGAAGACGGGGACAUAUUGUGUAAGAGGAUGAUUGACGAGACGUGGGAGUACCGGCCAGUAAACGGAGCACCCAUUGCGAUCCGUACAGAACCCAAUAUUGAUUCAGAGAAGACGGAACACAAGGUGUACUCAGAGGAGUCUUUCAGAGUGGACCUGAUAGUGAAAGGUUUAGAUGACGAACUCUUCUUGAGGCUUGAGGACGGGCGGGGGUGGUUAUUCGACAAGCACCCCGAGCACGGGACGAUGUGCUUUAGGGUCUUCUAG